UUUUAGGACAUCGUAAAAUAAAUUUUCAAUGGACGAUAUUAUUUUCAAACAAUUCUUUUUAUAAUUCAAAAUAAUAAUCAUUUGGAUUUUAUUUGUGGACACAAAAUUAAUGACAUGUCAUUGCUUUGUUUCAAAAGCAGGAAGUUUACGCCAAAAAGUGCGACUGCGCACUGGCCAAAUUAGUAGUGUGAAAGAAAAUGGCGAUCAGCGAAAGGCGUCCGGAGUUAACGUGAUGAAAAACAUUGUUAAAAGCUCAAUUACAUAGUGUUAUAGUUAUUAAUUGUGUCAGAUGUAGAUUAAUUAAGUGUUAAUGAAUAGUGAUUGUGUAUAAAAAUGGCUGCGAAUAUGUACAGAGUCGGCGACUGCGUCUAUUUCGAGACGUCGUCGACGUCUCCGUACCAGAUCCGGCGGAUAGAGGAACUUAACAAGACGACUUCGGGCAACGUCGAGGCAAAAGUCUUGUGUUUUUACAGGCGGCGAGACCUACCCAAUCCCUUAAUACAAUUAGCUGAUAAGCAUCAAAUGGCCCAGUCAGAAGACUCACCGGUCGCGAUGAAACUCAAGAAAAUAUGCCUUAAAACGCCGGUUGGCGAGGAACAGGCGGCACAAGCAGUUCUCGACCCAGCGUUAGCGGCGAUGGAGGAGGAAUCUACCGAAUUGCCAGGUACAGACGGCCUGGCGCCGAAGCAGCGGCACCAAGCGAAACACCGCGAGCUGUUCCUGUCCAGGCACGUGGAAACGUUGCCGGCGACGCACAUUCGCGGCAAGUGCACCGUCACGCUACUCAACGAGACGGAGUCGCUGCUCAGCUAUCUCAAUAAGGAUGACGCAUUUUUUUAUUGUUUAGUAUUUGAUCCUUCACAAAAGACUUUAUUAGCAGAUAAGGGAGAAAUCAGAGUUGGAAGUAGAUAUCAGACUGAAGUAACUAAUUUAUUAAAAGAAGGCGAAGAGGACCCACGGAUCAGUGAAGAAUUAGAAACGUUGGUUUGGACACCGGAGCACGGGCUCACGGACCGGCAGAUAGAUCAGUUCUUAGUUGUGUCGCGGUCCGUGGGCACGUUCGCACGAGCCCUCGACUGCUCCUCCAGCGUCAAGCAGCCCUCGCUGCACAUGUCCGCCGCCGCCGCGAGCAGGGACAUCACACUGUUCCACGCGAUGGACACCCUCCACAAGUCUGGCUACAGCAUAGAGUCGGCGCUGUCGUCGCUGGUGCCGGCGUCGGGCCCCGUGCUGUGCCGCGACGAGAUGGAGGAGUGGUCCGCCUCCGAGGCCAACCUGUUCGAGGAGGCACUCGACAAAUACGGAAAGGACUUCGCUGAUAUACGACAGGACUUUUUACCAUGGAAAACGUUAAAGAAUUUAGUGGAGUACUACUACAUGUGGAAGACGACGGAUCGCUACGUACAACAGAAACGCGUGAAAGCGGUCGAAGCUGAGUCAAAACUGAAACAAGUGUACAUUCCCAACUAUAACAAACCGAAUCCGGCGUUAAUUACGAACAACAGCAGUGGUAGCAAAAGCGGUGUCCUAAACGGAGGCACAAACGGCACGCCCGCGCCGCAACUCUGUGCAUCAUGUCAAGUUACAAGUUCAAACCAGUGGUAUUCAUGGGGACCACAGCAUUUACAGUACAGAUUGUGUGGUACAUGUUGGCAGUACUGGAAAAAAUAUGGCGGUCUAAAGACGGCGGGUGUGUUCAGUGAGAGCGAGGCGGAGACGACCAAGAGUGUGAGGGAACCUGACGAGACCGCGCUCUCCGCGCCGCACCGGCCCCACCGCUGCGCCGUGCUCAACUGCGCCAAGGAGUUCAAGUUACGCGCCCACCUGGCGCGGCACGUGGCCACCGCGCACGGCGGCGAGGGCGCGCGCCCCGUCAUGAAGACGCGCGCCGCCUUCUACCUGCGCGCGUCGCCCUACACGCGCCUCGCGCGCCGCCUGUCCCGCACGCUGCGCCGCCCUAAGCACUACGCGCGCUCGCCCUUCUCGCCCAUCAACCUGACGCUGCUCAAGAACGACUGCACCGCGGGGGCGGAAGCGGGCAGCGCGAGCGGUGCGGCAGGUGCGGCGCGCGUGCGCGGGCCGGUGGGCGCGGUGGCGGCGCGUCUGGCGGCCGCGCGCGGGGUGCCGCUGUCCCGCUCCGCCACGCACGAGUGGCUGCUGCUCACGCCCAAGGACCGCAUGCCCGUGCCCGACCACGUCGCCUUCCCCAAACCGCCCAAGGCACCAGACGGCAGCCUGCUGUACGAGCGCGUGCUGUCCCGCGGCGAGCUGGAGGCGCGCCGGGCCGAGCCCGCGCCGCCGCUCAAGCGCCGCGCCUACGACGACAUCAACGGACUCGACACAACAACACCAGGAGUGGGCGAGCGGUCGCGCGAGACGCUGGCGCCGCCCGCCAAGCGCCCCAACAAGCACCCGGCGCCCAUGCAGCGGCCCUCGCGCGAGCAGUACGCCGCCAUGUGCGCGCGCGCGCAGGCCACCGGACAGCCGCUGCCGCCGCACGUCUUCGCGCACGUAAAUGGCAAACCGACAAACAUCACAGGACGCGGCGGCCGCCGACACGUGAUCUCGUGGAUGGACGCCCCCGACGACCUAUACUUCAGAGCCACCGAUGCGGCCAAGGCGGCGCGGCGCGCGCUGAGCGGCGGGGAGGUGCGGCGCGGGGCGCGGGCGCCGUGGCGGGCGGUGCGCGCGGGCGGGAAGGCGCCGCCGCUGCAGCUCGUGAUCCUGGACUGACGGCGCCCGCACUCCGUGGACGCGCUGCUCGCCUGACCGCCGCCCCUGUAGAUAAUACUUUCGACUAUGUUCUUCUAACCGCGACCCGACUCGACUCGUGUCCCGCGACAAUCAUGUAUUUGAUACAUAAAACGAUAUGUAAGUCUAUUUCAUUCGGAGAUUCAUUGUAGGAUAAUUUACAAUUUUUUUCAUAAAUAAAGCACAAAUCGAAAC